AUGUUCAGAGAUGUUUGUUUUCUCGUUCUGAUCAUGUCGUUCACUUCACUACAAUCACACGAAACCACACCGUUUCCCACUUUUUCGCAGGUUUCGUUCUUCUUCUUUGUUCUAAUUUCGAAUCGUUUACUUUCAGAAUGCUCUGGAUCCAUGCAGUGCGUUUCCGAAGAGCCGUGCCAAUUUGUCCCACGUGGCAGUCCUAUUCGCCAGCUUCGAACCCGAACCGCCCGUGAUUCACUUGAAUGUCACACAAAAGAAUCGGACUGUAAUCAAAAACAAAUCGAAAAGUUUAGGGACGAAGAUAACCGCCGAAGAAAUUCGGACUGUUUUAGUGAAGAUUAAAACUGCUGAGGAAAUUCGAAAAGAUCUCGUGAGUUGUCCAUUCAUCAUUCAUCGCACUGCAAAGUUUUCAGGUUACGGAGCAGUUUGACGGAGUGAUGGAACGGUUCUUCAAGUGUUAUGGAGGUGCCGGCGGGCUUCACGUCGAACAUUUCAGUUUUAAGAGGAAGAAGAACGAGACGAACGUCAAUGAGACGUGCAGUUUGAGUCGCAAUCAUAGAUGUGAGCAUUAUUCUUUCUACUCUGAGCGAUCGAGAAUACGUUUUUUCAGAUACUUACAUUCAGAAGAAGACAGUCAGGAUCGUCGUGUCGCUGGAACUACGCAGUUACUGUCGUCUGGCGGAUGUGAAGGCAGCGAUUGUCGACCGUGCAGCCUUAGGUUUGAGGUGUUUCAGUUCAAACGUAAACUCCAGUAGUGUCUAAUGAUCAGUUAGGACUCCAUAAAAGUAACCAAACCAGAAAUCCAGACUCUACUCCCAACUCCGAUCAUCCACGAACCCUUUCAGAUCCAACGAGUGUAAUAAUGAACGGAGCCUUCCUUUGCCGUCCCUCCCGAUGCCAACUCGUUAAGAAUAUGUAUCCAGUAUUCGAAACCAUCAAUGUAUCAUCUGAAACACUUUUAUACGGUAAUCAAUUCUCUUUUUCUUGUCCACUUCGAAUUUUAGAGAGAUUCGAGCAACGCGUCGAUCGUCUCGCCAACAGCUCCUGGUCCUUCUCAUUCCCGUCCGAUCCAAAUGAUAUCCGUCAGAAGUACGUCUACUUCUCCUCGGUUCCUGCAUUCGAUUCUGCAAUAUGGCCGUCCAUCGCCGCCGUUUUCCUCGUCAUCUUUCUUUUCCUGACCGGUCUCCUCGUUUGCUGCUGCGGCCUGCUCUUCUAUUCGAUGGUUGAGGAAGGUGAGAGUGGGCGGGGCGUCGGCUACCGUAAUCCGAGUAGAUUUCCGGAGACGAAAUGAUGAGCGCGAAUGGAUUGAUGCUCAGCUGAGAAGACGGGAGCCGCCGGAUUUUGGAUUUGCUCCACGCACUCCGAUUCAAGUUCAUCUGCCUUCCAAUCACAAUCCAGCUUCCGAGGUCAGUUAUCAAAUGUCUCCUAAUCAGAAUUUAUUCAAUUUCAGCCGUCGACUGCUUUGGAAGCCGACGGGAGAUCUCGAAAUUCGAGUACCAGUGAGGACGUGCGAACGGACAUGACGCAAGCAUCGGAGACUGUAAGAAUCCUCCCAGAAUUCUCGGAUUCGAUUGUCAGUAGAGAAUUUCAGAUUUCAGGAACCCCUCAUACGUGUGAAACCCAACUAGAAAGUGAGAACGAAGUGAGCGUGAAUGUGACAUUCAAAUGA